AUGGCUGCCUUUAAGAACACGUGUCUUGUUUACGAAGGUUCAAACUUCUUUCGACAGCGUUUAAUACUAUCCACACUUAGUAUGAGACCUGUGAAAAUUAAAAAUAUACGCUUUAAAGAUGAAGAACCCGGUGUUAGAGAUUUUGAAGUUUGCUUCACUGAAUUGCUUGAUAAAAUUACAAAUGGAACCCUUGUGAAUAUAAAUGAAACAGGAACAGUUGUAUAUUAUCAACCAGGUUUAUUAUAUGGAGGGAAAAUAGAACACGAUUGUGGCACUGGACGUUCAAUAGGAUAUUAUUUAGAGGCUUUGGUAUCUUUAGCUCCUUUCUGUAAAAAACCUUUGAAUGUUACACUUUAUGGUGUAACAAAUGAUGACUGUGAUCCUUCUGUAGAUGCCAUAAAAUAUUCAUCAUUACCUGUACUUAAAAAAUUUCUAAUCAAUAAUGAAGGUAUCGAAAUAAAGAUAAUUGGUAGAGGAAUGGCUCCUAAUGGAGGUGGUCAGGUGAAAUUCACCUGUCCUAUCUGUAAACAGUUAAUGCCAGUACAAUUAACAAAUCCAGGGAAAGUUAGAAGAAUCAGAGGUGUAGCUUAUGCAACUAGAGUUUCUCCACAGAUGGCAAAUAGAAUGGUAGAUGCUGCAAAAGGAAUACUUUUAAAAUUUUUAUCAGAUGUUUAUGUAUAUACUGAUCAUUGUAAAGGAAAACAUUCUGGAAAAUCUCCUGGUUUUGGUAUUUGUUUAGUGGCAGAAACAACUGAAGGUGCUUUCCUUUGUGCAGAAGCUAUAUCAAAUCCUUCUGGUUCAGAUAAAGGUCCUAGUGUUCCAGAAGAUAUAGGGAAAAAAGCAGCAUGUUUACUUCUAGAAGAAAUCUAUAGGGGUGGAUGUAUUGAUUCAUCAAAUCAGAGUUUAGCUGCUCUUUUCAUGGCUUUAGGACAAGUAGAUGUAUCAAAAGUUAUCACUGGUCCACUGUCACCAUACAUGAUCCAGUUUUUACGUCAUACUAGAGAUUUUUUGCAAGUUAUAUUCAAGAUGGAAGUGCAACAUCAAGAGAAUGAAAAUAUAGGAACUGAAAAAGUAUUACUUACUUGUGUUGGUAUUGGUUUUACUAAUUUAAGUAAAGCACAAACAUAAGUAUUUGUAAAUAUUGUUUGUAUAUAUUUUAAAUAAAUAUUUUAAAA